UUUGUUGUAAAAUCUUUUUUUAAUCUUAUGUUUAGAAAUAGCUACCAAUACAACAAUCUGUACUAGCUAAACAACACAACAUAUAACUUACUACUGAUACAUACAAUACACAAAAUGAAGCUAAAGAUUGAUUACUUCUAUCUAACGAUAGCAUGUACCAUACUAAAGGGAAUAGCAGUUUCUGCUUCAAAAGAUUACUAUAAGAUACUUGGUGUUGAAAAAACUGCAACCGAACGUGAAAUAAAGAAAGCUUUUAGAAAAUUAGCUGUAAAAUACCAUCCUGAUAAAAACAAAUCUCCAGAUGCUGAGAAAGUGUUCAGAGAUAUAGCUGAAGCAUAUGAAGUUUUGUCUGAUGAAAAGAAAAGAAGAAUAUAUGAUCAACAUGGUCCAGAUGGGUUAAAAGACAAGGCUGGCUUUGAUGGUUCUUCAUUUCAUUUCAACUUUAAUGACUUUUUUAAAGAUUUUGACUUUGAUUUUUCCAGUCACGGCAGAAGGGAGAAAAAGAAAAGUGGAGGAUUUUUUGGAGGCUUUGGCAGCCUAUUUGAUGAUGAUGAGGAUGAAGGAGAUAGCUUUUUUGGUUCACACUUUGGUUUUAACAAUAAUAGACAUUUUGGACAUGAUGAUGACGAUGAUCAUUUCUUUUCUCAUCAUAAACAACAUAAUCAACACCAUAGAGAUAAUCAUAUGAAUUUUGGUAGUGACCUCUUUGGUGGUUUUGGAGAUGCAUCAUUUCACAGAGAAGAAAGUAAUUCAGGUGGAAGAAGAUGUAAGACUGUUACUAAAAAAAUGGGAAAUAUGGUUAUGACCACGACGCAGUGUUCAUAACACACUCUUCUAUGUUUUUAACUGUUAUGAAGAAUUAUGUUCUUUUUUGCGUUGUGUUGCUAUUUAUCUAAAAAAGAAUUUGUUGUGAGCUUUGAAGAAAUGAUUUUUUUUUUCAAAGCUAUAAUGCCUUUUUCAAACAGUCUUUUUCAACCCUUCUAUUAGUAAACGAAAAAUCUAAAUGUAAUGGAAAAGUUGUAAUGUCGUGCUUUUAAAAUUAAACUUUGCUUUUUUGUCAGACAUUCAUUUUUUGCCUUCCUCAUUUUCGUUGCUGAUUUUUGUUUUGUAAAAUCAUAUUACAGAGUAUCUUUUCUACAUUAUUUUUCAUAGUUCACAUUUUGUACUUACCAAAAUUAUUGUAAUUUAUCCUGUUCAUUGUAUAUUGUAAAAAAGAUAGAGGUUAUCACACA